GUGUCGCGCAUUAUAACAGUGUCAUCAACGGGCGCGCGCGCUGCCCGGUGUGUGGACGGUGGCACGUGCGUCCCAGUGAUGGCCAGCGGCUCUGAUGUGGCGGAGAAAGUCAUGCGGUUCAAACACCAGCUCGCAAACACGGCAGACUCUGCGACGGUUCUAAAAAUUCUGGGGAAACUCAAGGAUUUGGAUAUCACGUUAGAAAUUCUUGUUGAAACUGGAAUUGGAAAAGCAGUUAACGCUUUACGUAGACAUGAAAAGGCUGGAGAGUUUGCCAAGUCGCUAGUUAAAGGCUGGAAGAAACUGAUCCCGAAGGAUUCUGCAAGUAACACAGGAGAACAGGAUGUGUCAGUGAGCUUGUCUGUUAAAGACAAACUGGAUGAAGAAGUACACCCCUGUACCGGGAAUGUGGCAGAGCAGGAUUUAAACAAUAACUGUUUAACAUCUCGCAGCAAGAGUCCUGGUUCUUCAGACGAGGCUCUUUCCAUAACAGGAAAGAGGAAAGCUGAUUCAGAGACAGAGCAAUGUAAGGAACUGGACAGAAAAGGGGAACAGACUGAAAAUCAAGAAAAAGAUCAGCAAGAAAACCAGAAUGUCUUUGACAAUAUAGUUUUGGCAAAAAAAGUGAAACUCCAAGAGGGUAAACGGGAUGAAUAUGCCUCAAAGAGGAAAAAGAGGAAUCACAGUGAUCAGUGGCGUGAAAACAAAAAUUCAGAAGAAACAGCAACGCCCAAAUCAGAGGACAAACAAAUGAAGAAAAGCAGCUCUGAUAGUGGAAGAUGUGAGCCUGAGAAAUCAAAACAGAAAUCAAAGUCAUCAAACAGAGUCAAAGAAUCAUCUCGGACUGAAUCCAGUGACAAAAACUCAAAACCGUUAAAACUGGCGAAUGUCACAGAUAAGGGAUGUUCAGAAAUGUCAAGAAGCUCAGAGGCUCCGAACAGAAAAAGGAAGGAAUCGAGCACAGAAAGACAAAAACACAAACAGGAGUCUGAACUUAAGGAUCAGUCAAAACACAAAAAGGCCCAGGUCAAGCACAAAGGUGGCGCAGGCGGCAGACAGAAGGAGCCCUCCAUGUCUUUUGAGUCUUUCUUGAACUAUGAUGUGAAUGCGUCCAAGAGAAAAGAACGUCAAGUGAAGAAGCCCAAAAAAAUAAAGCAAAGUGCAACAAAACGCUUCAAGUCACCGGUUCUGUCUAUACAUGUUGCCUCCCUAAAACAGGAGGAGUCUUUUAUGGACCUGAUGAACCUUCCUUUACCUGCUGCUCUGCCCGAGUGCGACAAGCUGCUCAGUGUCGAGUACUUUGACAAGCCAGCUGAGAAGGAGCCUGAACUCGACAUUUCUGAAGACCCUGCAGUCUUCACCGGUCAGCGACUCAACAAAAAGAUGCAGGUUUACUCCGGAGCCAAGACGGUUUUCCUCCCGACCAUGAUGAGCUUGUAUCAACAGUGUAUCCGCACACUCCAGAACAACAUCAACUUGCUGCAUGAAACUGGUGGAGUCCCCUUUGAAAUCCUGGAGCCGGUGUUCGAGAGGUGCACGCCGGAGCAGCUGCUGCGCAUUGAGGAGUCCAACCCAAUCUACAUUGGAGUGACAGACCAUUUAUGGGGGAAACACUGUCAGAGGGACUUCAAAGACUCCAAACUGCAGGAGUAUGAAUCGUGGAAGGAAAUGUACAUCAGGCUGUCUGAGGAGAGGGAGAGUAAAUUCAAAAGACUGACAAAAAGCAUCGUCUCCGCUCACUCAAAGAAGCCCAGAGGCCGGCAGGUGAAGAUGGCAUUUAUUCACACCGUUGCCAAGCCACCCAGAAAUGUACGGAUUCAGCAAGAAAUUCAUGGAACUGCUGCUCAGCAGCCUCAUCAGAAGUGCAGUGUCAAGACUCAGGACAGUCGUCCAAAGCAGACCUGCAGCGAGCAGAGCAGGUCCAGCAGCACCAGUUCGGGGGCGAGCAACCCUCAGGACUCUCGUAAAAAAACAAGAGUUGCUCCAAUGAUGGCAAAAUCCUUAAAAGCAUUUAAGAAACAACUGGGUCGCAGAUGAAGGCUGAAACAUAAAGUAUAUUCUGUCAGUAGUCAUUUAUUAUCUAUGUACAGGAUUCUGAUUAUGUUCUCCUUGUGUUAGUACAUGCACAGGUAAUUGUUAUUUUUUUUUUUGUUUGUUUUGAAUUGUCUUCCAUAUUAAUUGGAGAAUAAAGUCAGCAAUUUUCACCUGA